CUGAUCCCCAUUUCCGCUGGUCCAACCUUGCUUUUAGACGCCCACGCUUCGAUCUCUGAUCGUCUUUCUCUUACGCCCUGAUCUCACACCCGCGGGCCAUAUAUACCUCCCCUCCUCCCCACAGCGCAACUUCUCCUUUCGCCCGUGCACGUCCCCUGACUCCCUUUUUGCUCGCCGUCUCCGUCUUCUAGUCCUCCAAGGACUUGGCGGCAUCAUGUCUGUCCGACAAACCCCUCGCCAGCCAGACCGCGACAUUCGCCUUCACGAACCUCAUACGCCUCACGGUCAUCCCCACCCAAUUCCCCCUCCUCACGCUAUGGGCCAUCCACCGCACCUCAACGGCAAUGGCCAUGUAACCACGCCUCUCGUCGCUCCCUCUGCACCAGCACAAGUCGUGACGCCAGCAGCAGCGGCUAAUGGCGUUGUCAUUCCACCAUCAAUCCAGAAGUUGAACCAGGCCAACGAACAGACGUGGCUGUUAAUUGGUCGUGUCGCCGAGCAGAUGGGCAAUCUGGAACAUGCCUUGUCGGCAUAUGAAAACGCACUGCGUCACAACCCUGAGUCUCUUUCGGGUCUCACCCAGGUCGCGGGGAUUGCCCGGAUCAAGGAGAACUAUCCCAAGGCAGUCGAGUACUUCUGCCGUGUGCUCAAGGUUCAGCAAGAGAAUGGCGAAGUAUGGAGUGCCCUUGGUCACUGCUAUCUGAUGCAGGAUGACCUUCAGCGGGCCUAUCAGGCCUAUCAACAGGCUCUUUACUAUCUGCCAAACCCAAAGGACGACCCUAAGCUUUGGUACGGCAUCGGCAUUCUAUACGACCGAUAUGGUUCUUUGGACCACGCCGAAGAAGCCUUCUCGUCCGUCCUUCGUAUGGAUAAAGACAAUCGUAAUAUAGACUUCGACAAGGCGAACGAAAUCCUGUUUCGCCUCGGGAUUAUAUACAAGCAGCAGGGGAAGUACAACGAAAGCCUGGAGUGCUUCGACCGUAUCCUCAAGAACCCUCCGAAUCCGCUCGCGCAUGCUGACAUCUGGUUCCAAAUUGGUCAUGUAUAUGAGCAGAUGCGCGAUCUCGUCCGUGCGAGAGACGCCUACGAACGAGUCGUAAGGGAUAACCCGGGACACGCCAAGGUUCUCCAACAACUGGGUUGGCUGUACCAUCAAGAUGGUUCCUCGUUCCAGAAUCAAGACCUUGCUAUUCAAUAUCUCACCAAGAGUCUAGAAGCAGAUCCCUCAGAUGCGCAGAGUUGGUACCUCCUUGGACGUGCUUACAUGGCAGGACAGAAAUACAACAAAGCAUACGAAGCUUACCAGCAAGCGGUGUACCGCGAUGGCCGCAACCCUACCUUCUGGUGUUCUAUUGGCGUCCUUUAUUUCCAGAUCAAUCAGUAUCGCGAUGCACUCGACGCGUACUCCCGUGCGAUCCGUAUCAAUCCUUACAUCUCUGAGGUUUGGUUCGACCUUGGCUCGUUGUAUGAGUCCUGCAACAACCAGAUCUCAGAUGCCAUUGAUGCUUACGCCAGAGCCGCCGAGCUAGACCCUAGUAACACGGCGAUUGCCCAGCGCCUUCAACUUCUGAAGACAGCUCAAGCAACUGGCGGCGCCUUGCCUGCUGCACCGGGACCGCAAGAUGUUCAUCCUACCGCCUACGCCAACCCGCUUAUCCCCACGCCUACGGGAUUAACGGGCCCUCCGCUAUUGCUUCACUCUCGUGAAGGUCCCCGUCCGAUCUUCAGGACUGAUUCUAGAGGACCCGGUGAUCUGCCUUUGCCAGCUCCCGCCGCCGUACUUAACGGGCGUUCAUCACCAGGACCGUUCAGAGGUGGACCACCUCCACCAGUCGUCCUCGACGACAACCAUGCGCCGUCUCAACACGCGCUUGCUCCUAUGCACCUCGACCAUCCCCCGCUUCAUAGGGAAACAGGUCCCUAUCGCGAGAAUGGCAGAACUGGUCCCCAAACGGUUCUUCUCCACCAGCCGACGCCGCAACCAAUACUCGGCGAUCGUCAUCCUCAGCAGGAAGUGUCUUACCCACGACCUAUCCGUAUGACAUCGCCUUCCCCGUCGCCUCCACCCACUGUACGUCCGAGCCACGUUCCUUACGAACCCAGACCUCCAAUGGGUCCUGGACAAGCAGGCAUUCCGCGAUCUCCUCCUGGGUAUCCUCGUGACGUACCUAGCGACCGUGAACCGGCUUGGGAGCGACGACCACCCAUCCCAGAGCACCGUGAUUGGGAACGUGAACGCCCGCAAGAGCGUCGUGCGCGACCUCCAGAUUACCCCGCACCACACCAGCAGCAACAGCCGUACUACGCACCAAGACCGCAUUCGCCACCUUAUCCUCAACAACGACCGCAUAGUCCUAGAGGACGCGAUAGCUCGGUGGAUAGAUCUCCUCGAGUUCACCCUGGGUACGGCCGACAGUAUCCCGGCCCUGGUGGUCCACCGGCAAUGCCUCUUCGCUCACCUCCAACUCGCCGACCUUCUGUAUCAGACGUUGAGUCUACUGGUAGACGCUACGAUCCUAGGUACGACGCUCGGGAACCUGCUCACCCACGCGAGUACGCGAACGAUUCAAUGGUCGAUGGACGCUAUGUCUCAUCGCCAGAGGCUCACCGCAUGCGCGCGCAGAUCCCUCCGCCCCAACCUCCCAUGUUCGUCGGGAGCAGUCGUGCGUCGGAGAGCCCUCGAGUCCCGCCCCAGCCUGUCGUUCAAGAACCCCCGCCUACUCGUCGACGAAGAGGUGCAGCCGCUAAGGACAAGGACGCCGACUCAAAUUCCGGGACCGAGCCUCAGAAGAAGGAAAGGAAGAAACGGGCACCACGGAGGGCUGCUGCGAAGGAGGGAACGCCUAUGAGACAACAACCCGCGUACGCUGCCAGUGCCGUUCACCUUCAGCAGGCACCGCCGUUCAAGUCAAGCAACGAUAGUCCAGAACCUGCAAGUUCGCAGAGGACUGGAUCGUCGACUCGGUCAACGCAGCCUUCACCUACAAACUCGAUACAUGCGCCGCCUUCGAGGGAACUGGACGAGAACUACGACGAGGGGGUCGCGGAGACUCUCAUGCACCUCCACUCGUAUCAACCUUCGGAUCCUCGCGGGUACCCUCCUCCGCCUCCUGGUGCUAACCUGAACGGUUCCGUGCAUUCUCCGUCCACGAACCGACUGCCUCAAGGUUCCCCCCAUAUAGUGUCGAGGUACCCAGCCGCAGUUGUCAGGAAUUCACCUCCCAUCAACGCGAAGCGUCCUCUCAGUCCAGGUCCUGACGACCAUACUGAGAUGAAGCGCGCGAAGGUUGGUAGUGUGAACCGUCGUAACGCUUCACCACCGGGUGGUCGACCCACACCGACGCCUUCUCGACGACCUUCGCCUAUUCCUUUCCGGCAACAACCUACCUCUCACUCUCCGGAGUCUCGUCAAGUCGAUAAUUCGAGUCCCGCUAUCCCCACCAUGCUUCCACCUCACCCUCGACCGAUAGGUGCAGGCUUGGCUGGACAUGCUCCGGUUGGUCCUGGUAUGCCUCUCCCUCCGUUGAGUACCCGCUCGCCUCCGUCGAUGGAGGACGAUCAUAUGGGCUCGUCUCGCUCUGCGUCUCCACCGAGAGGACAGGGCAAACGCGAGAUCGUCUUGCAUCCGACUGGAUCGCCGCAAGGACCAAAAGGGACGCCCUCGCCGAGUUCCAGUCACCAUAGUCAUGUGUCUCAUUCGAGUAGAGGUGCUCGGUAGAUUGUCGUCGUUGUUGGUCGUCGAUUGAGGCCCCUCAGUUUUCUAUCUUAUUGCAUUCAAAAGCAUCCCCUCGAAAUUGUUUUGUAGCAUCCAUCGAUCCAGCCGUCAUCGUCAUUAUACCCACACCUACGGACGACCCGCACAUCCUUACUGACUUAUACUCAUCUUGAUCUCCUUGCAUAGCGUCUCGCAUCGUUUUCGUUGUCCGCUAAUUGUUAGAAUAAUAGCAUGUACGUAUGACUCUUCUACGACCUCUUCCUAUGAUUUUUAUGAAUAGAAAUAUGCAAUAUAUGUUGUUC